UUGAUAUGGAAUAACUAAAACUGCAUUAUUAGAAAAACUCUUAUCUAUAUAUGAUAGAGUGAAAUGCUUUUUGUUGUGGUUCUCACAGAUGCAGAGCAGUGCCUGCAGUGCCCUGAAGAUCAAUAUCCCAAUAGGGAAAGAGAUCGCUGCCUCCCCAGGAUUGUGACCUUCCUGGCCUAUGAGGAACCUCUGGGAAUGAUUCUGGCCUGUGCAGCCAUCUGCUUCUCCCUCCUCACUGUGCUGGUCCUGGGGGUCUUUGUGAAGCACAGAGACACCCCCAUAGUCAAAGCCAAUAACCGCAGUCUCAGCUACACUCUGCUGGUCUCCCUCAGUCUCUGCUUCCUCUGCUCCUUGCUCUUCAUCGGCCAUCCUACCACAGCCACCUGCCUGCUGCGACAAACCACAUUUGCAGUUGUCUUCACAGUGGCCGUUUCCUCCAUUUUGGCUAAAACCAUCACUGUGGUUCUGGCCUUCAGGGCCACCAGACCAGGGAGCAGGAUCCGGAGCUGGCUGGGAUCCACAGCAUCUUACUCUCUCAUUUUCACCUGCACCCUCAUCCAAAUGUGUCUCUGUGGCAUCUGGCUUGGGACAUACCCCCCCUUCCUGGAGAUGGACAUCCACUCUGAGGUUGGCUCCAUUAUCAUCCAGUGCAAUGAGGGCACUCUCCUCAUCUUCUACUGUGUCCUGGGCUACAUGGCCUUGCUGGCCUUGGCGAGCUUCACUGUGGCUUUCCUGGCCAGGAACCUGCCAGAUACUUUCAAUGAAGCCAAGUUCCUGACCUUCAGCAUGCUUGUGUUCUGCAGCGUCUGGAUCUCCUUCCUGCCCUCGUACCAGAGCUCCAAGGGCAAGGCCAUCGUGGCCUUGGAAGUCUUUGCCAUCUUGACCUCCAGUGCUGGGAUUCUCGCUUGCAUCUUUGCUCCCAAGUGCUAUGUGAUCCUUCUGAGAUCAGACAGAAAUACCCUGGAGAUCCUGAAAAGGAAAGGUACUUCCUGAGAAGCCAGGAUGUCCCAGGUUCUUCCUCACCACUCACAGUGAUGUAGCUCCUUAGCUGCUGUAGUCUUAAUAAAAUGUUUUAAAUGUAUCUCACUUCUCCACCUUUUAUUUUCUGUUAACACAAUCUCUUUCAUUGUCAAUUGAAUCUAAUGGCAUUUUGAAAGCAGUCAUAUCACAUGAUUUCUGAGAAGUAAAACUAAUCAAUUGCUCUGUUGAAUUUUUUUUUUUACAGAUAGCAGACACUAUUAGUAAUGAUGUUAAAUUAUACUGCAAUAAAUCAAUGAAUUUACAGAUAUAGCUACAGCUGUAACCUUUGA